AUGACACCUAAGAAUAAUGUUAAGUCUAUUGAUAUGGAAAAUGAUUUGUUAAAAUCUGAUGCUAACAGGAGGGGCUUCAAUUCCAUGCCAGUAGAUGUUCCUGUGGCUGGUCCGGUAGAUGUUGAUGUUGGUCCGAUAGAUGUUGACGGUUUUGGAACGGUUCCGGCUAUUCCGAUUGCUACAAUGGCAGGUCCUACGGUGGAGGCUGUUCAAGGGUUGGGUGAUGAUGAUGUUUCGGCUAAGUCUUUUUCACAGCCACCUGGCUUCAGGCGUGAUGUUGAGUUGGAUUCUAGGACUAGUAAAAUGAGGUCUAUAUCUGCUAGUUCUCAUGGUUCUUCAGGAUUGUUGAAAAAAUGA